CUCGCCUUCUUCCUCUCACGCCGCCUCCCCUUUCAUCGCUCUGGUUUUCACCAUCUUCCCUCUCUUAGAAAAGAGAGGCAGCUAAGAGCCUCUUCGCCCUUUCUGAGCUCAACUCCUCCAGAUCCAUCAAAAUCCCUGUUUUUUCCCGGUCGAUCUGGCGCUUUUUAGGUGCAGAGUAGCGAAGAUUUACCGGUUUUAUUGUUGGGCAGGCGUUCUAACUGCGGAUCUCGAGGGGGUGAUCGAAGAUGAACCACUGCGCGAUGCAGCAGAACGCUUUCGCUGCCUGUGACGAGAUGCGGGGGGCUUCCUCCUCCGUCGUCGCCGACCGGAGGCCCCCCGUUUUCUGCCCAAAGCCCCGUCGCCUUGCCCCCCUCUCCGCCGCCCCCGACCCCGUCCGUCCCCUCCGGUGGCACGCCAGUCAUCAGGCCGAUCUCUCGGAUUCCAAAGCCGGGGCGGAGCUUCUCGAUUUAUUUAUAACAAAGGGUGGGGAACAGGCGGCCUCGUCACCCCCGUUCUUCUGCGGUUCUCCGCCAAGCCGGGCGGCGAACCCGGUGGUCCAAGACGCCCGUUUCGGUGAGGACCGACCGCCGGCGCCUAUCGCCGCCCUCCCGGUUCCAUCCGGCUCGCCGAUGUCGCCGCGGAAAGGCUGCGUCCGUGCCAAAUUUGGCCUGAAGCCGGCCGCCGUGAGAAUCGAGGGUUUUGAUUGCCUCAAUCGCGAUCGCCGGAGCUGCAGCAUCACAGCUGUGGCAUAAAAACACUUGCACAUAUUUAUAACACAAACCCUAGUGCUCGAUUUCCCCUGGAACACCUGAGAUAAAAAAGGGGAAAAGAGAGGAAUAUUAACAUCAACAAUCCACAACUACAUUUAGAUGCUAAUCCAAGAGGAGUUAAACAAGAGUCCAUGUUUUGAGAGGGAAUAUGGAAAACUGGUUUGUUCUCCUGUUGUACAUUUGCCCAGCUAUCAAUCUUUUUUGUUUGUUUGUAAUUAAAGUUUUUAUGUAGAUACGGAAUAAGGAGGGAGGGAGAGUGAGAGAAUGAGGCGGCAAGCCAACCUUUGUAUUUUAUUUCAGUCCCUGUACUGGAUUUUAGUCAUUGUGGUUUUGUUUUUUAUAUCUAAGUUUCGGCGUGGAAUCUGUAUAAAAGAAAUGUUAGGAAGUGGUCGGCUCGGUCAUUUUGGGUCAUGGCAUGUAUAUGUCCAUUUAUAUGUAAAACUUUGUAUCUUAAGGGUCUUAUUUGCCCCUUUCAAUUA